AUGCUCGUUUGUGGUAGUGAUUUAAUUCCUGACAAAAUGUGUGUGAGACAUCUUGGAUUUGUUCUGCUGCUUUGGUUUCCUGGAGCGCUCUCUGCACAACAUAAGUCUUGUCCUGCUCCCAUCCUGGAUGGUGGCUAUUUUAUUCCUGAACAAAAAACAUAUGCUCAUACAAAUCAACUAAUUUAUGCCUGUGAUAAUGGACAUAAGCCAGCUGUGGAGGGUUGGUGGGUAACCACCACAUGUCAAAAUGGUAAAUGGUCUCAUAAACCACAAUGUAUAGAUGAAAACUCAUGCUUCCCACCAAAUAUUCCCAAUGCAAAAUACAGAGAAAACCCAAAUGGAUGGUAUAAGAAUGGAGACACAAUAAGGAUCACAUGUGACAAAGGAUAUACAUCCAAAAGCCAUAAUGCAAUAGCCAGAUGUAUAAAUGCAACAUGGUCCUCUGUGCCCAUCUGUGAGAAAAGCAUCUGGGCAUGCAGUGCACCCCCUAAAAUCCCCCAUGCUGUAAUAAUUAAUCAGAGCUACCAGGAGGUGUUUACUACAGAUUCAGAAGUGCAGUAUGAAUGUGAAGAUGGAUAUAGUGCAGCGGGAGACCCCAGUGAAAAAUCCAUGUGGUGCAUAGUUGGGAACUGGAAUAUAGGCUCAACGUGCAAAUCUUCUACCAGCUCUGGAACUGAGGAGAGAGAGACUGAACCUCCAAUCAUUACAAAAACUUCAGUUGACAACUGUGGGAAACACCCCAACAUUCAAAAUGGUGAUGUAGUAGAAACCAAUCCAAUGUUUUUGAAAUACCAGUGCAAUCUCCAUUACACACGAGUGGGUCCAGAGAAAGUGAUGUGUUACAGCAAUGGCAAGUGGUCACAAGUACCCACCUGCAAAGGUCUCUACUGUACUGUGAACACUGACUCAAAUCAGGAUUUAAAGCCUGCUGGAGUUAAAUAUAUAAACCAUGGUGAGACGGAGUAUUUGGACUGUGUGGACCGCUGGCGGAUGGAUAAUUAUGCUGUGGCCAAGUGCAAUUUUGGAAAACCGAGUUUGAGCAGAUGCUGUAACUGGGCACAAAUUAAAACGAACCUUUGCUAAGGCUGUAUCACAAUGAGGAAGAAGCUGCUGCCUUUGGAUUCGCUCACUGCUGACUGAAAACAAAUGCCAACCUGGAACCUUGAAGUUGCAGUAUGAUUAUGCUUUGACAAACCAUGCCGGGUUUUUCACAAACCAUUUGUUGUUUCUCAUUUUGCUCAGUGAAUUCCUGCAAAAUGUAGGAAUCCGUUUGUUUGCUAAAAGCUCUGAAAAUGGCCAGAAUAAAAUUUGGACUGCAAUUUCAGCAGUAAUCUUUUUACAGUUGUAUUUGCAGUUUUUACCUCUGUUUUGUCUACAUUGCCACCAGAGGAGCAAUUGGUUUUGCA